AUGGCGCCUCCGCCUUCACCAGCGCUGGUACGCAGCUCUCAGAUCAAGUCGGCAGAGCUGCUGCGGCCACUUCCCUGGUAUUCACACGCCUACGUUUGGCCCUUUGCCAUAGCGUGGCCUGUAUUUUUACGCUUUUACCUCAGCGCGGACCUGUACGAGAAGCACAUUGGCGGUCCGGAAUGGACAUUUGUGUGGCUUGGAACCAUCAUCACGUUCCAGAGUCUGGCCUGGUUGACCACCAAAUGGAGCGUCAAUCUGCGCGCUAUCUUCACCGCCCGCGCUGUCACAAGUGUCGAAGAUGCUCAACUCAUCAAGUUGAUCCCAGUUGCGAACGCCGGCUCGGCCGACAUUUGCAAAAUUGAGCGCGACCAGGUCGGAGGCAAGAACAACAUCUCGUUCCUUUUCCAAAAGCGUCGGUUCCUUUACGACCCUGUCGAUAAAUGCUUCAAGACCCUCGAGUACGAGAUCGACGCCGAGCCGAAGCCCAAGAUUGAAAAGUUCCAGCUUUCCAAGGGAAUCACUUCAGCUACCGAGCUUACUCGAAUCGAACAACACUAUGGCACCAACACUUUCGAUAUCCCCGUCCCGUCUUUUACCGAGCUCUUCCAGGAGCAUGCGGUUGCGCCCUUUUUCGUUUUCCAAAUCUUCUGCGUCGGCUUGUGGAUGCUGGAUGACUACUGGUACUACUCGCUGUUCACACUUGUCAUGCUGGUUGCGUUCGAGAGCACCGUGGUUUGGCAGCGACAGCGCACUUUGAGCGAGUUCCGUGGCAUGAGCCUAAAGCCUUACGAUAUGUGGGUUUACCGCUUGGGUAAAUGGGUCGAAGUCCAGAGCGACAAGCUUGUUCCUGGAGAUCUCGUGUCUGUCAACCGGUCGAAGGAGGAUGGCGGUGUGGCAUGUGAUAUGCUCCUAGUCGAGGGGACUGCUAUCGUCAACGAAGCUAUGCUUUCUGGCGAGAGUACCCCGCUUCUCAAGGAGUCCAUCCAGCUCCGCCCUGGCGAUGCGCAACUCGAGCCCGAAGGCCUGGACAAGAACUCGUUCCUCUGGGGUGGCACCAAGGUCUUGCAGAUCACCCACGGCACGGCGGAUGAGGCAAGGCCCAAGGUCGCCUCUGGUGUUCCCCGCCCGCCCGAUGAUGGAGCCAUGGCAAUUGUUACCAAGACUGGUUUCGAGACCUCUCAGGGCAGCCUUGUUCGCACCAUGAUUUACUCGACCGAACGCGUGUCUGCCAACAACGUCGAAGCGCUCCUCUUUAUUCUGUUCUUGCUGAUCUUUGCCCUGGCCGCUUCGUGGUAUGUCUGGGAUGAAGGUGUCCGCAAGGAUCGCAAGCGUUCGAAGCUGCUCCUGGACUGUAUCCUUAUUGUCACUAGCGUUGUUCCUCCCGAGCUGCCUAUGGAGCUCAGUUUGGCUGUCAACACCAGCUUGGCGGCCCUUGCCAAGUUUGCCAUCUUUUGCACGGAGCCUUUCCGCAUCCCCUUCGCCGGAAGAAUCGAUGUCGCUUGCUUUGACAAGACUGGUACUCUUACUGGAGAGGAUCUGGUGGUGGAGGGCAUCGCUGGUCUGGGACUUGGCAAUUCUGGCACCGACACCCCGCGCGAGUCUGAUGGAGCCCACAGCAACAUGACUCCUGUUCACUCUGCUGGCAUCGAGACAACUCUGGUUUUGGCCACUGCACACGCCCUUGUCAAGCUUGACGAGGGCGAUAUUGUGGGUGACCCCAUGGAGAAGGCUACCCUGGCCGCACUGGGAUGGGGUCUUGCAAAGAACGAUGUCCUCACGCACAAACCGAACGUUGCGAGCAACGGGGGUGUCACUGGUACCGUACAAAUCAAGCGUCGCUUCCAGUUCUCGUCGGCUCUCAAGCGUCAAAGCUCAGUUGCAACCGUACAUGGCAAGGAAAAGACUGGACGUAAACUGCAGGGUACUUUUGUCGGAGUCAAGGGUGCUCCAGAGACAAUUAUGAAGAUGCUGGUGACCGUUCCUGCUGACUACGAAGAGACCUACAAAUAUUUCACUCGUCGUGGAUCCCGUGUCUUGGCUCUAGCCUACAAGCAACUUACCACCGACAGCGAGCUUGGUGCUGCCAGGAUUAACGAUUUGAAGAGAGAGUCUGUCGAGUCUGAGCUUACUUUUGCCGGAUUCCUCGUCCUACACUGUCCGUUGAAGGAUGACGCCAAACAGGCCGUGCAGAUGCUGAACGAAAGCAGCCAUCGUGUUGUGAUGAUCACAGGAGACAACCCUCUGACGGCUGUACAUGUCGCCCGAGAGGUCGAAAUUGUGGACCGCGAUGUUUUGAUUCUGGAUGCUCCCGAGCAUAACGAGGGCGGCGACAAACUCGUCUGGCACAGCGUCGAUGACAAGAUUCAGUUUGAUGCCGACCCUACCAAGCCCAUUGACUCGAGCGUAUUGAAGAACAACGACAUUUGCGUGACGGGUUACGCAUUGGCCAAGUACAAGGAUCAGCCAGGCUUCAAGCAACUUCUCCGCUACACAUGGGUGUAUGCACGCGUCUCGCCUAAGCAAAAGGAAGAGAUCCUGCUUGGUCUGAAGGACAUGGGUUACUACACUCUGAUGGCUGGUGAUGGCACGAACGAUGUCGGAGCACUGAAGCAGGCUCACAUUGGCGUAGCUCUUCUCAAUGGUACCCCGCAGGAUCUGCAGCGAAUUGCCGAGUUCUCGAGAAACGAGAAGAUGAAGCAAAUGUACCAGAAGCAGGUCGACUUGAUGGCGCGUUUCAACCAGCCAACCCCCCCGGUACCCGUCAUGAUUGCCCACCUGUACCCUCCUGGCCCGACAAACCCCCAUUACAUGAAGGCUAUGGAGCGGGAGGCCAAGAACAAGGGUGUUGCGGUCGAGGAGCUUAUCAAGGCUAGCGGCCAUCCGACGGAAACCAUCACCUCUGCCGGCGCACGGGAGCUUCUCAAAAGCGACCCCAACCAAAAUCUCGGCCCAGCUGCCAAGAAGGCUGCUGGUCUGGCCGACAAGCUCACUGCUCAAAUGAUGGAGAGCGAACUGGACGAUGGCGAGCCGCCAUCUCUGAAGCUAGGUGACGCAUCUGUUGCUGCCCCCUUUACCAGCAAGCUUCGCAACGUCAUUGCUAUACCCAACAUUAUUCGUCAAGGUCGAUGCACUCUGGUUGCCACAAUCCAGAUGUACAAAAUUCUCGCACUCAACUGUCUGAUCACGGCCUACAGUCUCAGUGUCCUCUACCUCGAGGGUAUCAAGUUUGGUGAUGGUCAGUACACCAUUAGCGGUAUGCUGAUGAGCGUGUGCUUCCUGUCCAUCUCCCGCGCUCGCUCCGUCGAGGGUCUAUCCAAAGAAAGACCCCAGCCAAAUAUUUUUAACUUCUACAUCAUUGGGUCAAUUCUUGGCCAGUUUGCUGUUCACAUCUUUACGCUUAUCUACAUUGCCCGGUUCUGUGACAAGAUCGCACCGCGUACCGAGUCGGUUGAUCUCGAAGCAGAAUUCUCUCCCUCACUACUCAACAGUGCCGUCUAUCUGCUCCAGCUCAUCCAGCAAAUCAGCACCUUUGCCAUCAACUAUCAGGGCCGACCUUUCCGCGAGUCAAUAUCGGAGAACCGGGGCAUGUACUGGGGUAUUAUUGGCGUCAGCGGCAUUGCUUUCGCCUGCUCGACCGAGAUCCUUCCUGAACUGAACGAACAGAUGAAGCUUGUCCCCUUUACUGCCGAGUUCCGCCAGACCCUCACAGGCAUUAUGAUUCUGGAUUACGCUGCCUGCUGGAUCAUUGAGGUGGUAUUCAAAUACCUGUUUAGCGACCUCAAGGCGCGCGACAUUGCGGAGCGCAGACCCGAUCAGCUGGAGAGGGAGAGGGUGCGCAAGGAGGCGGAGCUAAAGAUCAAGAUGGAGGAGGACGAUAGAAAGAGGAUCCAGGAGGUGGAAGAGUACGAGCGCAAGAUGGAGGCAAAGAAGAGGGAGCUGGCAGAGAGGUGGGGGCUCUCCAAGGUCACCGUUCUCGGUGCUGCCGGUGGCAUCGGUCAACCUCUUUCCCUGCUUCUUAAGCUCAACCCCAGGGUUACUGAGCUUGCGCUCUACGACAUCCGUGGAGGGCCCGGUGUCGCCGCCGACAUCUCGCACAUCAACACCAAGUCCAACGUCAAGGGCUACGACCCCACGCCCUCUGGCCUUGCCGCUGCCCUCAAGGGCUCCGAGGUUGUCCUCAUCCCCGCCGGUGUCCCCCGUAAGCCCGGCAUGACCCGUGACGACCUUUUCAACACCAACGCCUCCAUCGUCCGCGACCUGGCCAAGGCCUGCGCCGAGUCUUGCCCCGAGGCCAACAUCCUGGUCAUCAGCAACCCCGUCAACUCGACCGUGCCCAUCUGCGCCGAGGUCUUCAAGGCACGUGGCGUCUACAACCCCAAGCGCCUCUUUGGCGUCACCACCCUCGACGUCGUCCGCGCCUCGCGCUUCGUCUCUGAGAUCAAGGGCACCGACCCCAAGGACGAGAACAUCACCGUCGUCGGUGGCCACUCGGGUGUGACCAUUGUUCCGCUCUUCAGCCAGAGCAACCACCCCGACCUGUCGUCCAACGAGCAGCUCGUCAACCGCGUCCAGUUCGGCGGUGACGAGGUCGUCAAGGCCAAGGACGGUGCCGGCUCUGCCACCCUCUCCAUGGCCAUGGCCGGUGCCCGCAUGGCCGAGUCGGUCCUGCGCGCCGCCCAGGGCGAGAAGGGCGUCAUCGAGCCCACCUUUGUCGACUCGCCCCUCUACAAGGACCAGGGCAUCGAGUUCUUCAGCUCAAAGGUCGAGCUCGGCCCCAACGGUGUCGAGAAGAUCUUGCCCCUGGGCAAGAUUGACGCCAACGAGCAGAAGCUGCUCGACGCCUGCCUGGGCGACCUGAAGAAGAACAUUGAGAAGGGCGUUGCCUUUGUCGCCUCCAACCCCGGCAAAUAA